CUUUCAAUACCCAUUAUUUUGCUUGCUUUUGUACUGCAGUUUUUUUUAUCAGAGAAGAAGAAGUAUAGCGUUAGAGAAGAGUGAUAAUGGGGAGCAAGAACAAUAGAAGAACCAUGAUGGAAGUUGGAGCUGAUGGGGUUGCUAUUAUCACUAUCAUCAAUCCUCCUGUCAAUUCUCUCUCACUUGACGUGUUGCAAAGCUUAAAAGAGAGUUAUAAUGAGGCCUUGCGAAGAGAUGAUGUGAAGGCGAUUGUUGUCACAGGUGCAAAUGGAAAAUUUUCUGGUGGUUUUGAUAUCACAUCUUUUGGUGGAAUUCAAUCGGGAAAAGUGGAACAGCCAAAGCCUGGCUAUGUAUCAAUUGAGGUUCUCACUGACACUUUAGAAGCUGCAAAAAAACCGUCUGUUGCUGCCAUUGAUGGCCUUACCUUAGGCGGGGGUCUAGAGAUUGCAAUGACAUGUCAUGCAAGGAUAUCGACUCCUACUGCACAAUUAGGCCUGCCUGAACUUCAGCUUGGGUUAAUUCCUGGGUUUGGGGGUACACAGCGACUUCCACGACUCGUUGGUCUCACGAAAUCCCUUGAGAUGAUGUUGACAUCGAAGCCUGUUAAAGGUGAAGAAGCUUUUGAUUUGGGACUUGUUGAUGCAGUCGUUUCAUCUCAUGAGUUGUUAGACGCUGCACGUCGUUGGGCACUAGAUAUUUUGGAACGAAGAAGACCGUGGGUUGCUAGUGUCUAUAAAACUGAUAAGAUAGAGGCCCUUGGAGAAGCAAGGGAAAUACUUAACUUUGCUAGAGAGCAGGCACGGAAGCGAGCUCCUAAUUUAAAACACCCCUUUGUUUGUCUUGAUGUUAUUGAAGAGGGUAUAGUUUCUGGUCCUAGGGCAGGACUUUGGAAGGAGGUAGAAGCUUUCCAAGAACUUCUGAAAUCCGACACCUGCAAAAGCUUGAUCCAUAUCUUCUUUGCAAUGCGUGGCACAUCAAAGGUUCCUGGGGUUACGGACAGGGGCCUGGUGCCAAGACAGGUGAAAAAAGUUGCUGUACUUGGUGGAGGUUUAAUGGGCUCCGGGAUAGCAACGGCAUUGAUCCUUAGCAAUUAUCCGGUAAUCCUAAAAGAAGUGAAUGAGAAGUUCUUGGAGGCUGGAAUUGAUAGAGUCAAAGCCAAUCUGCAAAGCCGAGUUAAGAAAGGGAAAAUGAGUCUGGAAAAAUUUGGAAAAACAAUCUCUCUGCUUACUGGUGUUCUUGACUACGAAAGCUUUAGAGAUGUCGACAUGGUUGUAGAGGCUGUAAUUGAGGAAGUUUCUUUGAAGCAACAAAUUUUUGCUGAUCUCGAGAAAUACUGCCCACCACAUUGCAUACUUGCAAGUAACACUUCCACUAUUGAUCUGAACUUGAUUGGAAAGAGGACCAAAUCCCAGUAUCGGAUUGUUGGGGCUCAUUUCUUUAGUCCGGCUCAUGUCAUGCCGCUACUGGAGAUUGUUCAUACCAAGCAAACAUCUCCCCAAAUAAUUGUUGACCUACUUGUUGUAGGAAAGAAAAUAAGGAAGACUCCUAUUGUUGUAGGAAAUUGCACAGGUUUUGCUGUCAAUAGGAUGUUUUUCCCAUAUUCACAAGCCGCCCUUUUCCUUGUUGAACGGGGAACUGAUGUUUACCGGAUUGACCGAGUAAUUACCAAGUUUGGAAUGCCAAUGGGCCCGUUCAGAUUGGUUGACCUGGUUGGUUUCGGUGUUGGAAUUGCAACUGGCACACAGUUCAUUGAGAACUUCCCUGAUCGAACCUAUAAAUCAAUGCUUGUCCCGAUUAUGCAAGAGGAUAAGAGAUCCGGUGAAGCUACUGGUAAAGGGUUUUACUUGUACGACAAGAAACGAAAAGCUAGGCCUGAUCCCGAACUGAAUAAGUACAUCGAGCAGUCGAGGAGUAUCUCAGGUGUAGCUGUUGACCCUAAGUUUGUGAAAUUGUCCGACAAGGACAUUGUGGAGACGAUAUUCUUUCCAGUGGUGAAUGAGGCCUGCCGAGUUUUUGCUGAAGGUAUUGCAGUGAAAGCAGCGGACCUUGACAUUGCUGCUGUUAUGGGAAUGGGAUUUCCACCUUACAGGGGAGGAAUCAUGUUUUGGGCCGACUCUCUAGGAUCUAACUACAUUUAUUCUAGACUCGAGGAGUGGUCGAAAAUGUACGGAGAGUUCUUCAAGCCUUGUGCCUUUUUGGCUGAAAGAGCUGCCAAGGGUGCUUCACUGAGCUCACUGGUGGAGCAGGCCAUUUCUCGAUUAUAAGGCAGGCUUUCGAUUGCAGCACUGACCAUUGCUCAAGCUCGUCUUUUCGAGUCUCCUUUGUUAUUGUUUGAUGGAUGAAACUCGAGGUGAGCUCAAUAAACAUGUUUAGAUGAAUCCCAGAAACAAUCUUGAAAGGCUAAAAUGUGUACAAUGUUCACUGUUUAU